AUGUCCGGAUCAAGCUACAACCAGCGUCCCACUUACAGCUACCCCCAGUCAACCUAUAGCGGUUCUGCAAACACCACUGGACGGCCGCGCGACACUCCGACCUAUCAAACACCCUACACCACAUAUAGAUCCUCGUCCACAUCGGAUCCGAUGGAGAGAUUCUGGGUUACGGGGCAGGGAACAGACAGGCCGGGCCGUGCGGCUGCUGAACUGGCCAAGUUUGACCAGCAAUUUGGUUCUUCCAGUCGUCGGUGA